AUGCCAAGACCUCUGAGAAACAGCUACGGCAGUGCAAAGCCGCCGUACUCCUACAUUUCGCUGACAGCCAUGGCUAUCCAGAGCUCACCGCAGAAAAUGCUAUCGCUCAGUGAGAUUUAUCAAUUCAUCAUGGAUCACUUUCCUUUUUACAGGGAAAAUACGCAACGCUGGCAGAACUCGCUGCGACACAAUCUCAGUUUCAACGACUGCUUUCUAAAGAUUCCUAGAAGACCAGAUCAGCCCGGCAAGGGAAGCCUCUGGGCUCUUCACCCAGAUUGCGGAGCAAUGUUUGAGAAUGGCAGCUUCUUGCGCCGCAGAAAACGCUUCAAAUCCGAGAGGGAGAGGACCAGUAAACUUGCAAAGCUGAUCACAGAUGAGGCUAAAGAACCGCAUAACGGCAGAGUGCUUAUGACGAGUGACAAUCCUGCUCGCUGCAUCUCGCCAGUCGAUGUCACUCAAUCAGGCUUCAAGCACCCUUUUAACAUAGAGAACCUCAUUGGAUCAGACAUCAAAAGCGCUCAGUCGUGCUCGACAAUGACGGCCCCUAUUCCCUCUCUACCAACUUGUCCAUCCUGCAUGAAUACACCUCCCGCCUCCUCACUGGCAGCCGGCUAUCAAGGAAAUCUUUGGUCUGCUACUUUGCCAGCCCCGUAUUUCGCCAAACCUUGUUCUCAUCACGAGCGUAUGAAGGAAUAUGAGAUAGCAAGGCUUGGACAACAGUUUUACCACACAGGAGAACUUGCUUCGUUUUACGGCGCAGUUCCAGUAUCCACUGCAGUUAUACCGCAGGCACUGUUUCGGUGA